UGAAGGUGAAUUUUCAUACUUCGAAUACUUAUAUUCGAAUUUCGUAUAUACGAGUGGCUACUUUUCCACCGAUCGUCCGAGAUUGGAUCUCGUCGUUUGCAGUCCGAGGGCUCGAUAUCCAAAGAGCUCUUGAGCAGAGGGUGGCACUUGAGUCAAAGGACGGGCUGAGGGCCCGGGAUCAGGCUGGGAAGCGCGGGGGUGCUCCAGGCCUGCAGCAGGGCGCGAGAUCUUCACCUAAAACAGCAGGAAUGCGGUGAUGGCUCUUCUCUACAGAUUCGCGCAGCUGCCCGAUCGCGGUGGUACGCGGGUCUUCUCAUUUGUCGUAACGAGGAGCGUCGUCCGCGACCCAGAACGCGACGUAACCAGCAAGGAACUCGUCUGUGGCUUCCAGCGAUGGGCUGUCGCCUUCUCACGCGGCGACAAGGUCCUGGGUGUUUAUCUGGUAUGGCGAGGAGCUGCGCCAGGUUUGCGAGUCUACGUCGACUUCACGUUCACCCUCCUUAACCGGGAGCACUUUUCAGUGAACGAGGGUUUCUCCGGGAAGCGGGUUAAGUUCACGUACGAUGCUCCGGCCCAGGGUAACCGCAACUACAUCCCAGUUUCGGAUCUCUACAGUCGGAACUUCGCCGACCCCAACGGAGAAUUCCAGCUCGAGUUGUCGAUGGCGAACGUCCGUACCGUCUACACUGCCGAGCUGCGGAUACCGACCGGAGUCUUCUCGGCAGGACAGCAAAAACCGGAGAAACUGGAGACCGGGUACUUCACAUUCGGUGGGUUUGACUGGAAUCUCGUGAUCUACCCGUUGGGGGAUAAGGAGGCCAUCAACCACGAGACCAGCGUUUCAGCCAUCUCAGCUUCCGGUCCUGGCGCCGCAGCCUCGUCCACGGGUCACGGAAGGCAGGAGGGACGGUUGAGCGUUUACUUGGCGAGGCUGACGGGCUUCGAUCACCGAUGCCGAGUGCGUUACAACGUCACCCUGGGGGAGGGGGACCGGAGGAUAGAGUCCGGGCACAUCGAGGACCUCUCGGACGCUGACGGGCGCGGCUUUGGCUGGCAUCCGCGGAUUCGGUGGUCAGAAAUAGCCCACAAGGGCGUCGUCCGCGUCUCUCUCGAGAUGGUCGAGGCGCGCACCGUUUCCGAGGUCGGGGUCCAGGCCCUGGGACCGCCGGUGCUGCCGGCUGCGCCGUGCUACGACCGUGACAAACAGGCCUGGGCACUCAGGGCGGACCUUCAUUCGGACACGGUGAGGCUGCACCUCGUCUACAAAGACAUCCACAACGUACCGAGGAACCAUCUGCGGUAUGUCGGAUGGACUGCGUAUUUGAUGAGAGGCGAGGAGGCCGUUGCUCUACCCGGAGCUCCGUUCGGCCGGUACUACGCUCAGGAGGCGGUCGACGAGGGUAUAAUAAUGGAGACCAGCCUCGGCGUGACGGAGGUCAAGGAUGUCGAAUGUCCGUUCAUAACUGACAAGGGGCAGCUCAGGGUGCGGCUUGAGUGGAACGAGGGCCAUCUUCUAUUCCAGGCCACCUAUCACAAGUACGACGAUGUUUGCCGUGUUCACAAUCAGCAAAUGCGUAGAGAGAUCGCCGCCCUUCAAGCCGAGAACUACUCGCUCGAGCGGCAGCUAUUCAGCUACCAGCAAAGCCUCGCCUUCGCUCAGGCCCAGGCUCAGGCCCAGGGAGAGGAACCGGACGUCGUUGACCCCGAGCAUCACCACCAUCAUCACCACCACCAUCAUCUCGAACGCUCGGCGUCAACAGACACUGAAUACGCCUGACGCGGGGCCGAAGCCAAGACGCGCCAUGUCCACCAUAACCGUCGGUACGCCGAUAAUGGGGGGAAUUACGAGGACGAUGAUGCGGAUGGAGAGGAUGACGUCGGGGCUGAGUUUCGGAGGGAAUCGGAAGGGCUGGAAAUCGCCACACCCGCGUUAUGGAGAGAGACUCCUCUUAUUGUGGAUCACCAUCAACGCAGUAUUGUUCAGCAGCCAAAAUCCGUUGCUGGAUCGAGAGGUCCACCUGCUGGGAACGUCGCUUACGACCACGGUGUCGAUGGGGUCGCACCGAGGCCUAUCAAGCCACAGAAAACCCGGCGAACCACAUUGUGGGAAACACUCACUGGCCUCGUUUGUUCUCUAGGCGCAUUGGCCACUAGGGCAGCUAAAUUGGCGACUCGCCGAGGGGGCGAGCCUCUGUGAGACGAAGCCACCUCGCCAAUACCUGCAAGUAUAUAAGUAAUAGUGGGAACAGGAAUCGCCUGAAGAACUGGGAUUACGAUCCCCGACUCCAGGUGUCCUGCACACAGUCAGUCUACGUCUUUAUUUAUAAGUCUAUAAUCUACUUGUCAAUUUACCAAAGAACCUAUUUUCCUCUAAAGACUUUUUCACGUAUCGUACUCGAAUAAUACUAUAUCGUAACAUACAUUAACGUUCAUCAGACUAGUUAAAUGCGCGACCCCGUUAUCG